GAUCCCGCCGGGCCGAGCCGGUGUGCGGGAAUGAAGGUGGGCUCGGUGGGAAUGGUUCCCAGCGCUGGGAUGUGCGCAGGGAGAGGCGGCAUCGGGGGGUGGUGCUGCGGGGGCACCCACGGAGGGAGCCACGCCGCUCGGGAUGUGGGAAAUGUUCAUUAAAAUGUUCAUUAAAAAUGAACCGAGCCGGGAUUCCGCGCGUUUCAGGGUGCUCCAUGCGGAGACCACAGCCAAAGGUUGUGCCUUAGUGUGCUCACUAUCGGCAUCUUGUGAAGGAUAACGAGUAGUCGCUUAGCUCACCCCAAAACAAAUAUUUGUGUUAAAAAAAAAAAAAAAAACAGCAAGAAAUUACCCGUUGCUGCUGGGGAGAGCCUCAGGAGUUCCUAGCUUCUCCUUUCUUCUCAAAUAAAUAAGAAUUUAAGAUGGCACAGCUCCCUCAGCUCUUGGUACUGGCUGCUGUGUUUUCCUUCCUUUUUUGCUAGGUUCCCUCUUCCCAUCUCACUCAGUUGUUUACUGGGCACUGUGAAGUGUGUCUGAGUUUCCUCCUUUGCCUGAGUCAUUCGUAUGUAUCUUACACUUGCAAAAGUUACAAGACUCAGAGAAACCUGGCUUCCUGUGGUUUCUGUGCUGGUUCCAAAGGCUUCUGCAAGGAUAAUCUGCAAACAAAUGACACUGUGGAGAAGUAUCACAACGAGCAAAAUAGCUCCUCAAGUGCUGUCAAAUUAAAACCACAACAGACGUGUUUCAUAGGUCUUUUCUGGAAAUGGAGGUUAAGCUGCAGAAGGUUCAGCCACCUUCAAGCAAUGCGGUCUGAGGUUUUGAGAAUGGCUGGACUAAAUGCUGCAGUGGAGACUAUUAAAAUAUUGUUAUUUUUAAUAUAGUCUGUCAGAGAAGACAAUAGUGCCCCUCCUUGGAGUUUUUUGAAGAUUGAUGCAGUGAGAGAAGAAACAGCCAAUGGCUUCAGAAUCCAUGGUCCCUGAGCAGGCAAAACAACAUCUGAUAAAGGGAAAAAGGCGGCAGCAGCAGCAGUCUCGGCCUUCCAACAGUGAUGGGGAUGAUGAUGUCUUCGUGUUUGAGGCAAAUGAGGCUUGGAAGGAUUUUCACAGCUCUCUUCUUCACUUCUUUGAAGCUGGAGAGCUCUGUGAUGUUACUCUGAAGGUUGGUUCAAAGCUAAUCUCCUGCCACAAACUGGUGCUGGCUUGCGUUAUCCCGUACUUCCGGGCCAUGUUUCUUUCGGAAAUGGCAGAAGCCAAGCAGAAGCUGAUCGAGAUCAGGGACUUUGACGGCGACGCCAUCGAGGACCUGGUGAAGUUCGCGUACUCGUCGCGGCUCACGCUGACGGUGGACAACGUGCAGCCCCUGCUGUACGCCGCCUGCAUCCUGCAGGUGGAACUGGUGGCCAAGGCCUGCUGUGAGUACAUGAAGCUGCACUUCCACCCCUCCAACUGCCUGGCAGUCAGGGCGUUCGCAGAGAGCCACAACCGCAUCGACCUGAUGGACAUGGCCGAUCAGUUUGCUUGUGAGCAUUUCACAGAAGUGAUGGAGUGCGAGGACUUUGUGAGCGUGUCACCACAGCACCUCUAUAAACUCCUGUCCUCCAGUGACCUGAACAUUGAAAAUGAAAAGCAAGUUUACAAUGCUGCUAUCAAGUGGCUGCUGGCCAAUCCACAGCAUCAUGCUGCGUGGCUGGAUGAGAUCCUUGGACAGGUACGGCUGCCUCUCUUGCCCAUUUGUUUCCUUAUGGGUGUUGUGGCAAAGGAAGAGAUUGUCAAGCAGAAUCUAAAAUGUAGGGAUUUGCUGGAUGAAGCAAGGAACUACCACCUUCACCUGAGCAGCAGGGCAGUGCCUGACUUUGAGUACUCCAUUCGCACAACACCAAGGAAGCAGACUGCUGGUGUGCUGUUCUGUGUGGGUGGCAGAGGAGGAUCAGGUGACCCCUUCCGCAGCAUCGAGUGUUACUCCAUCAGUAGGAACAGCUGGUUCUUCGGCCCUGAAAUGAACAGCAGGAGGAGGCACGUGGGUGUGAUCUCCGUGGGAGGUAAAGUCUACGCAGUAGGUGGACAUGAUGGAAAUGAACACUUAGGAAGCAUGGAAGUAUUUGAUCCUCUCACAAACAAGUGGAUGAUGAAGGCAUCAAUGAACACAAAGAGGAGAGGCAUCGCCCUGGCGUCCCUGGGCGGCCCCAUUUACGCCAUCGGGGGCUUGGAUGACAACACGUGCUUCAGCGACGUGGAGCGCUACGACAUCGACUCGGAUCGCUGGAGCACCGUGGCCUCCAUGAACACUCCCCGGGGAGGAGUCGGCUCCGUAGCCCUAGUGAACCACGUUUAUGCUGUGGGAGGCAAUGAUGGUGUAGCAUCUCUUUCCAGUGUGGAGAAAUACGAUCCCCACUUGGAUAAAUGGAUAGAAGUGAAAGAGAUGGGUCAGCGAAGGGCUGGGAACGGUGUCAGCGAGCUCCACGGCUGCUUGUAUGUUGUGGGUGGCUUUGAUGACAACUCGCCCCUGAGCUCGGUGGAGCGCUUUGACCCGCGCUGUAACAAAUGGGAAUACGUGGCAGAGCUCACAACUCCCAGGGGUGGUGUUGGCAUAGCAACACUGAUGGGAAAAAUUUUUGCAGUUGGAGGUCAUAAUGGCAACGUGUACCUGAAUACAGUGGAAGCAUUUGAUCCCAUAGUGAACAGGUGGGAACUCGUGGGCUCAGUGUCACACUGCAGGGCAGGGGCGGGCGUGGCCGUGUGCUCCUGUCUCAGCAGCCAGAUCCGGGACGUGGGCCAAGGAUCCAGCAACGUUGUGGACUGCAUGUGAGCUCUGCUGCCUCCUGUGCCAUGCCUCCUCCAAAUUCCCAAGGAAUGCUACAAUGGAGGCACUGCAGAGCCUCUAAACACUGUGUUUUGUAUGGUAGGUUAAGGAAUAAAUCCAGCACAUUUUCUUUGUGAAAAUGGUAUCUUCUCCAACUGUAGAGCUUUUGGUGGCUUUCUGUCAAUAGUGAUACAGAAAAGCCUGUGAAAACAUGAAAUCAAAGUGUGACUCACAGGAACAAACCUGCCAAGAACUGCAACCAUCCCAUUUUUGAGAAGCUGUAAUUUCAGAAUCGUUUGAGGCAGCUGUUGCAAGGACUCAAUAUUGAACUGUAAAUCAGGCAUGUGGUGAGGAAAGCAGCAGCAGCUACUCCUGCUGAGCUUCCCCCAGCAGCCCUGCUACAUGUUCUCUGGAGAGCUUGAGUGCCAUUUCAUUUAACUUAUUUUCUGGAAUGGAGUCUUAAACGUUUCUCACUUGUACGAGAGCUUUGUAACAGAAGGUGUCUCAAGUUUUAGAAAUAAUUACAUCCCUGAUGCACACUGAGAUAACUGAGGCAGAGAAGUUCACUGCUCACCUCCCAAAGGAAUGCUGGCAACAGUGGAAAUUGCAGGGAAUCUGACUGAAAAUUGUCUUUCAAAGUCAUUUUUUUAGCUAAUAAAUUUUUUAGAAUGCUGGAAAGAUUCUGGCCUGAGUUCAGCCACUGGAUUACUGGCAUUCUCUAGUUUUCCAUAAAUUUGUAGUUACUACCCCUCUCCCCAAAGGAGAGUUUCUGUUGAGAGGGGCUUCCUGAAGUAACCAGUGUAAUUUGUCCUAUUUUCAGGUGAUAGUGCGUGGAAAUGUAGGCUUCAGUGGUGUUUGAAUCACUAUUUUUAUACAAAAUGGAAAUGCAUAAUAAAAUUUGUGGCAUUCUGUAAAACUUUUUAAUUGCAAAUCUCGAAGACUUGACUGAUUUCAGUAUCCAGUAGCAGCUCUGGUAACAUUGUGGAGUUACUUGCUCUUUUAAGGGAGCAGAUAAAUAACCUCAAACCCCUAAAUGAACCAAAGAGACCCAGCAAGAAAAACAAUUGGGAAUAAACCAGUACUUCCAUCAAAAAUUGAGAUAACAACGUGACAGCCCUGUAUACAAUCCCAAGUAAAGUCCUGCUGGAAAGACUGCAGAUUCCUGUUCCUGCAUCACCUUGUUGGUCCCCUUGAACAGACCAACAACUGACAAUCCUUUGUGACCAAAGUUUCCCAAUUACCAGGCUGUUCCAAAUGCCCAGGGAGAGCAGCAAACUUCUCUGUGUUCAGGAUCAGGAAGAGGCAGGACAGCAGGAGUGAGGAGGCACAGUUGUGUUUUUCUUUGGCUUUCCUGCCCAAAAUGGCUUUGCACUUUGGUAGCACCCAGGGACAAAGUGAACGGUACUGUAAAUAAUGAAACAUUGCAAUAAAACAUUUGUACUUCAAAACA